AUGAUGAAAGCUUUUAGCACACAGAGGAAAGAAAUACAAAGAAAUUAUAUUAGACAUUAUGUAAGAGCUGUUUUAGAAGCUACGCUCGUCGUGUAUUGUUCUGACGGAGCUGGAGGCAGCACCAUCGCCGCCGGCGCCCGCCAUGGAAGUGGCCGCCGAGCCGGAGGCGGAGGUGGGGGUGGCGAGGGCGUGUGCCGCACCGUGGACAAACCGCGAGAUCCGGACCGCUCCAGGGAUCUGUUCGGCGUCCAGCUAGAGGUGACGAGCCUGCUGCUGGAGGCGGAGCGCCGGAAGCUGUGGGUGCUGCAGAGGGAGCUGCAGGCGGCGCUCGCCGAGGGCGGCUCCAUCAAGGCCAAGGAGCACCAGCGCCAGGAGCUGCUGCUCGCCAUCUCGCGCAUCCAGGCGCAGCACGACCACCUGGAGAAGGAGUACGAGCAGCACGCCAUCGGGGUCCUGCGCUGCUCCAACACCAGGGGCUCCGGCAAGAGCAACCGCAGCCAGCCAGCCAUCGGGCUGAAGCAGACGCCCAAGGCGCGGCCCACCAUCUUCGGCACCGUCGCCUCGGACCAGACGCCAAAGGAUGGCUCCAGCAGAAGGGGAAGAGCUGUGUACUUACCUGUGAUAAAUUGA